AUGACAGAAAUAGAUACUAUAGUGAAAAUUGGAUCUCUUUUCGAAAAUAUAUCAUUAGCAGAAGAGGAUUAUGAACAAGCUAUACAGAUAUUGAAUCCAAUUAUCAUAAGGUCAAGUCAGGAUGAAGAGUAUCGUGUUCAAUUAUCAAAAAGAAAAGAGGUCUGGUCUUCGAUAAAUAUAUGUUUAAGUAACUAUAAUGUGAACGAAUUGAUGCAUGUUGAUCAGUUGAAUAUAAAAACAUACAAUAUAAGAUUAUUGAGAGGAAUUAUUAUUUUACUGAGAAACUUAUCAGCAUCCAAUCAAGAUAUUCCUAAUGAACUGUUAUUGCAGAACACCGUUAUUAAAUUAUUUUUAAAUUUAAGAAAUCAUUAUGAAGGUUUAGAGGAGAUCAUAAUGGCAUUGUAUAUCACAAUAUUAAGUUUUCUACACAAUAUUAGUCAAAAUCAUUCAAUAUUUGAUAAAACUAUUCUUCAUCAACAACUAGUAUUUUUAAUGUUCCCGACAUUAUGCAAUAGUAACAAUCGGGAGAUGUUAUAUCCAUAUUUGUUAUAUUUCUAUAACAUUAUUAAAAAUGAUGAUUUCUUAUAUGAUUUCUUUAGACAUAAGGAUGUAACUCCUAUAUUGCAUAACAUUAUUAUUGAAGAAAUAACACAAAAUCAUUCAAAUUUAUAUGAACAUUUGAAACAAGUUAGAACAGAUGAUAUGGAGACGGAGGCAGCUCCUCAACUUGAAGAUUUGGAUAUUAUUUUAUUAAAAAUCUUUAAAAGAAUUUCUGCAAAUGAAUCGUUUGCACCAUAUUUAGAGAGAAUAGAAAAAUCGGAUAAUAUGAUAUUUAUGUCAAUUCUUAAAAUAAUGCAAUUAAUAGUCACCAGCACUGAUGAUUGGGAUAAAUUUGAGUUAACUGCGUUGAUGGCAUGGUGUUACAGGAUAUUUGAGCACACUGCAUUAGAGGUGAAAAAAUAUUUUGAAAACAAAUUGGAAGAUGAACCUACAUCUGAUAGUCUUCAUGAUAAAUUAUUAAUUUCAUUGGAUAUUAUAUCGAAGUUGUGCCAAUUUGAACAUGCUAAAAAAUUUAUGGUCUUCUAUAAAGGUAUUGAAAAUAUUAUUUCGUUAUUCCAAGUGUUACAAGAUAAUUUAAUCAAAAUAAAUUUUCAAAAAGAUAUUAAAGGUAAUGUCAAAUCAAUGAAAACAACGAAUUCAUUGGGUGAUAAAAUUUCAGAUGAAACAUUGCUGUUAAAAAGGGUGGAUUUCGAUAACUACCAUAUCAAAUCUACAAAUUUUCCUGAGUGUAAACUUAUCAUCGUUGAGAUUAUUACAAUGCUGGCCUAUGGUAAUAAAGAAGUUCAAGAUAAAAUAAGGGAAUUGCAUGGUUUACAACUGGUAUUAUCGAAUUGUAUGAUCGAUGAUAAUGAUCCAUUUAUUAAAGAAAGAGCCAUAGUCUGCAUACGAGUACUAUUAACGGAGAAUAAGGAGAAUCAAGAUUUUGUUGCACAAUUAGAAUCUAAGAAAGCUGUUCAAAACGAAACGUUGGAAGAAGCAGGUUAUGAAGUUAAAGUUUCGUCAGAUGGGUCCGUUAAAUUAGAGUCUAAAGAUGGUACAUCUUCAUUAAAUAAGAGGCCUAAAAUAAAAUAA